GCAGCACAGCGGCUACUACGCUACGCUAGCGCGCUGCCGCUGGGACUGCUGCAGAUACCAAGCCCCCAAGCCGCGAUGUGCUACGGGCCAACGUCCCUUUUUUUUUCUUUUUUUUUACAUUUUUAUUUUUUAAAGUGUUCGUCUUCAGCAGCCGUGCGCCAAGUUUUUAGCAUGUCAAGCGGGCAAGCUUACUUCUGUUGUAGGUUUCCGUAGAGCUUUGCGCUAUUUGCAUUACACUGCGUAAGGACACAACCAUUGCGGCGGAGGAUCGCGGUGUUGGGUCGUCGUUCGGUCCAGGGGGAAUGGCCAGCCGAAACAUAUGUAGCAAAAACAUAGCUACUGCUACUUAUUUUGUUCUCCAUGUGCUCUGGUGAAGCCCCGUUGCUUGCUUAACGAUGCAUUUUUCCAUACCGGAUACGCAAGAACUUAAAGACGAAAGCGGCUCCACAUACGUCGCAUAUAACAUACACGUGAAUGGAGCCUUUCAUUGUGCCGUUCGCUAUAAGCAGCUCCACAGUCUGCAUGAUCAGCUAAAAAAGGUGUUUGGAUCAGCAGCACUCCCUCCGUUCCCACCGAAAAAGCUGUUACCAUUGACACCAACUCAAACUGAGGAACGACGAGGAUUUCUUGAAAAAUACAUACAGCUAGCCAGCCAAGAUGCUCGCGUCUCAUCCGACGAGGCUUUCACAGGCUUCCUGCUGUCUGCUCAGCAGGAGACCAUCGGUGCCCCUCCCAAGGAGGUUGACUUUGACGUGUUUCUAAUGAAUUGGCAAAAGGUCACCGUCUCUGUGCUCUCCACAGACCCCACUGACGUGGUUAUGGAUGCAGCAGCAAGGGAGAUUGGAUUGCCUCCAGACCUCAUAUGCUACUUUGCUUUGUUUUUAGUAAAAAGGACAGAUGCGGACAUAAUCAUUCAGAAACGGCUAGAAAACUUUGAGGCCCCUUACCUCUCCCAAACAUCAGCUGGUCCAGGUCACUGUAUUGUUAUCAGGAAAAGCUACUGGGACAGCGGUUGGGACAAUGCACUGAUGGAUGACCGUGUAGCUCUGAACCUAGCCUACGUGCAGACGUUAAGUGACGUGGAACGUGGCUGGGUGGUUGUGCCCAAAGACACGCAGCGACAGCUAGCCACCCUUCAAGCCAAGGGCUCCAAAAAGGAGUAUCUACAACUGGCACGGACUCUCAAGUAUUACGGCUAUCUCCAAUUUGCUCCCUGCUUUUGCGACUAUCCACAGCCUGAUACUCGGGUUCUCAUAAGUGCUGGUGGCAGAGAGCUCAACUUCAGGCUUGCCUUAGCACAGGACCAGUACAAAGAAAUCAGCUUUCGAGUCACAAGAAUACGAUGUUGGAGGAUCACAACAGCUGUGAUAGACCAUGCAAACGGAGAGUGUUCUGGGAACUCUCAAAGUUCAGAUGGAAAGCACCAGAGACUGGAGCUUUCAUUCGAGUACCUGAUGAGCAAGAACAAGCUCCAGUGGAUCACAGUGGUCAGCAGUCAGGCAAUUCUGCUGAGUGUGUGCCUGCAAGGCAUGGUGGGUGAACUGCUACUCAAGAAGCAAGGUGCUGACCGACCCCAGGGUACCAACCCUCGCCAGAGGCCCAGUAGCAGUCGUCGUGGCUCGUGGAGCUUCCUCAAGCGCGAUGGUUCCAGCUACCAGAUCUCUGUCAGCCGAUCAGCAUCUACCGACGGUAUCGUCCAUGAGACGCGAGAGGAUGGCAAAUCUAGGACAAGGGAGACCACUCGAAAGCACAGUGACCCUAAACGCAACAGUGGGAUCACAUCUCCAAAGGCAACCAUGGAGAAUGACGCGUUUGAAGGCAUUGGGGAUGACGAUCUUUGAGCAUCAUUUUAUACAAAGGACUCGAAAGGAGACGUGACUGUUGUGACAUACGCACUCUUUUUAAGGAUGGGUGUUGGCAUGAAAUGAUGAGUGGUUGGAAUGCUUUCAUAGCCUUGUGUUGUAAAACUUUAGAAUUCCAGCAGUGAGUGCAAGAUUUAUUUUCGAAAGCUUGAUUUUGGAUACUAUCCUUGUAUUUCUACUUGCUAACAUAAGCUGCAUCGUAUAACACUCAAAAAUCGUGUUUUGUCUUGCUGGGUGUCUGAAGUACGGCUUUUGUUGUGCACUGUUAGUGUGACAAUGUUUAUGAAUGGCUUUAUUCUGCUCCACAUCUUAUUUCUCUAUGCACAAUCACUCUGUGUGUGGCAAAUGUGUGUCUAGAGUGCUUCAUCUUUUUCUACAAUGCUCAAGUGAAGUGAUAGUGCAGUACAGAAUGAAGAGGUUCUUGAGUGAUGGUCCUCACUUUGUCCAGCUGACGUUCGCAGCUACAUAAUGGUAUUUCAUGGCUUUAUGCUAUCAUUGCUAAAGAAGCAGAAAGUAUGCACCUACUUCAGUUUCUAACAAGCUUUUGCCCCCCUUCCAGCUCUGAUGUUAGCUGCACUUUUGGCACAGGUUCUCCUGUAGCCAUGGCCUUCACAAAUUGUGCAUCUCACCAAAAAUCAUCUUGGCAUCUUUUAUGAUAUGGUUAAACAGUAUAUGGCACUCACCACAACUCUUGGUGAGCGUUUCUUCCUAUGGCAAGUUCAAUAUGCUGGGUUGGGUUCCUCAGGCUUACAGUGCUGUCAGUGGUAGAAAGUGCAUGGGCGUUUGUCAUUGAAAGUUGCGUUGUAAUUUCAGUGAUGUAAUUCUUUUGAAGUCGCACAGAAUGUUAAAGUGUUAUCUUAAGUUUGUGUGACCUCUAGAACGAGCCAGUGGCAACAUGCAUUAUGUCACACAUUUUUGCAUUGAGUUGAUGGGAGACAUUGCAGAGAAACACUUAAAGAUUAAGUGCAAAGGAAUGGUAAAGAGAAGUCAGCAGCAUGCAAGGCACCGGGUAAUUGGUGAAUAAGAAAAAGUGAAAUGUGUUUAGCAUUUGGCAAGAUUUUGCCAAGUUUUCUCACACCAUUGCUGACAAAACUUGAUCGGUAUUGGCCACUCCUGUUUUGAAGCAGCUGUACAUCAUGUGUUGCAGCUCAUACUUGACACGUUCUUUUAUUUCAUAAUUAAUUUGCAUGGCCUUGAUUCAGGCUGCUUAAGAAAAAAAUAAAAAUAAAAAGUAAUAUCCCCUGUCUCACAGGAAGGAUACUGUACCAAUUGGUGUAUUCAAGGGCAUUGCACGAAUUGUUAUGAUUGAAGGCAGUGUUAAAUAACUGAUAAUAGCAAUAUUGACUAGUCGCAUACGCGCUGUCACUGCACAAAUUAAAUCAAGUCUGACUUAGGGUGAAAAAAACAAGGAAUUAAAACAGAAGGAAGUUUCAAAGUGUUGUGGACAGUAAUCCUUGCUGAAAUUCCACUAACUUGCUACUUGGUGCUUUGGGUGUUGGUGUUAUCAGAUAAUUGUAGGUGACGUGCUACUGGUCUCUUUCCUUAGCCCAAGCUGUAAAUAAUGGUUAAUGUGAGACAGAUCGACAUGUGUUUUGUUUCUAUGGCGUGGGUCACCCCAUUGGCAGCUACAAUUUUUGUAGUUUACAUUUGCUGCUUCUGCCACAACAUUCCUUGUGGAGAUGGCAUGUUUGGUCUCAUUUUUGAAAGUCUGGUAAUAUUAAAAUUGGUGGCUUGUUCAUAACACUGUAUAUAUCUGGCACUGAAAGAGUGAUGCAGGUUUUUGCUGGAUGUGUGAUUGCAUAAAUGGGGAGUGCAGUUAUAGACAUAACUUCCGGGGAGAGGGGGUAGGUUACAGUAUCAUACUUAAGGUUGUGCGCAGCAUGCCAGAAUUGUGACCUGAAACUUGUUAGUACUCUGGCUACAUGUGGCUUCUCAAGAGAACUCGUGCACCCGAUGUGUACAUACAACAACGAAUCUAAAAACGUAAGCUUUGGCUGUUUGUUUACGUCCUUUUAUGCUUAAUUUCAUAUGCAUAUCUGAAUGUUGUGCUUGGCUAUAGCCUAGCUGCGAUUUAUUUUCCUAGUUUUAAAGCGUUCUGCACGUUUACCUCUCGUCCCGCUGCAACAUUUCUCAGUGUUGUCAGGAUGUGGUACAUUAUUGCUGCUGGUGGAUGCCAUUUCUUAUGGGGCACCGAUUGAAUAUUUGCAUUGCACUUAACGCUGGGUGGCUUGGCAUUGUACUGUGCUGCGUCAAUGCAGCUUCCAUGGAAUGAGGUGUUAUGCUUGCGUGCGGUUAUGUCAUAGUGAGAUUUGUUGGCCCAUUAGCCUUAUGUAUUGACAGGCAUUCUGAAUGUUGUGGUGUUUUUUGUUUGUUUUUCUCGAAGAUAGCACCACGAAGGCCACAUUGUCUUUAAUUAUGUUGAGAUUAAUUUGUCUUGUUGGCACAUUAUGUUCCAGAGCCAGGCUCGCUUACUUUGGGCUUUAUUUCAUACAUAUAUUUGUAUACAGCAACUGAUUGUUUUAUUGAUUUUGGAUGCUGCUGCUCUUAUUUGUAGAACAGCAAAGCUGGUUCUAUUGCCAAGCCGCUUUCUUCUGGCUGGCAUGGUGAAAUCAUUGGUGCUGGUUCUGAGCUGUGUUUUUUUUUCCGUUCUUUCGUGCAUAAGCUACCUUUUUACUCUUGGUGUUGCAGGCAUCAUUGUUUUAAUUGUUUAAUGUCUGUACAUCUGUGUGCUUCCAUUGGCUGUGGGGCUUUGCAAAGUUGCCAAAUUUGUUGAUCGUCCCUCACUUUCGUUUUUUUUUUAGGUUUUUGAUAUUGAAAUCUCUGUUAUAAAGAUGAAUGAUUCAACUCAUGCAUAGUAAUCCAGUUCUUUGGUGUCCACUAAGAGGGACUGUUUAAACCAUAUGAUAAAAAGAGAAGCAAUGUCCUUUGGCAGUGUACUGCAUGUGAAAAAGUGGUUAUAGUUGUAAUUGCCCAAGUGGCUUUUAGAAUUGUUUUUGCAACACCCAGAUUUAGUGCCAAAGUAUUGCUAAAUGACAAAGCACUUUUAUUUGCCAAUAUGCUAGGUAACCUAUGCUUGUGUGGCCAUUGCAGAGCAUCUCAGUAGUACGCCAAUUUUUGCAGCAGCUGGUAACUGCAGACAGGUUACUCUUUCUUGUUGUUGAAGAAGGAAUGCCACUUGUGUUAGUGUUUUGUGUGUUUUGGUAUAAAAAAAAAACUCACAUCCAUGUCUAGGCACUCCAGUUUUAGAGCAGUUUCUAAGUCUGAUCACUUGCAUAAUGCUAGCAUCUGACACUGGUCACUUGGAUCAUGUAUUUUUGACUUAUAUGACAGGCAGUUACUCGUGGAUUUUCGGUUAGGCAGUAAAAGUUUUGUUUAGCAGUGUCUACUUAACAUUGACUGACUGGACUUUUUGGGUGUGAUGUGUUUGAAAAGUGCUUUUGACACUAAGAGCCCAAAGUGUGCUGUAUACGGUUCUGUUGUGCUGAAACUUAAAAAGAAAAGGUAAAUGCCAACAGUUGAGUGAUUUCAUUUUCGGUUAAGCUAGAUGGUAGCAUGUGGAAUUCCUGUUCAUGUCAGAGGAGCUCGUGGAACGUGUCCCAUAUUUAGGAGGUCGCUUGUUAACAGGUGACCAGAAAGUUUUUUUUCCCCCUUCUUGUUAGAUGUAGUAACGGACACAUUUUUCUCACUUUUGCUUGCUAUAGUUUGCAACCGAAGAGUUCCCAUGACAAAUGUAGUGUAACUGUGAGAAGCACCAUGCCUAAUUUUGUUUUUUUCCUGCAAAUUGUCAUGUGGCACGAAUCCUGGUGGUCAAGCUCACACCUCAUAGCUCUAAAAUCCAGAGUGCUUAGAGAUCCAGAAUGUGAAAGUGAUCUGCAUGUUGCAAACAUGAGAGCUGGUCGUUUCUGUGAGCAGUUUUCAUCACUUAGUGGGAAAUA